CCAUUAAGGAUGAUGAACUCUGGGCUUCCAUUCCUUAAUCCGCCGGCUAUAAGCCAACCCCCAGUCCAACAACAGCCGCCACCCCAGCAGCUCCAGUUCAAAGCUAUCGUCCCAAUAAAAAAGAACGCCAUCACCGAUGACUACAAAGUCACUAACCAGGUCUUGGGACUGGGAAUCAACGGGAAAGUGUUGGAGAUCUUCAGCAAGAAGACCGGUGAAAAGUUCGCUUUAAAGAUGCUGCAGGACUGUGCAAAAGCACGCAGAGAAGUUGAGCUGCAUUGGAGAGCGUCUCAGUGUGCACAUAUUGUAAAGAUAAUUGAUGUCUACGAAAAUCUCUACCAGUCUCGAAAAUGUCUGCUCAUCAUUAUGGAGUGUCUUGACGGUGGAGAGCUUUUCAGUCGCAUUCAAGACAGGGGAGACCAAGCAUUUACAGAACGGGAGGCUUCUGAUAUCAUGAAAAGCAUCGGAGAGGCCAUACAAUAUUUACAUGCAAUCAAUAUUGCCCACAGAGAUGUAAAGCCAGAAAAUCUUUUAUACACAUCCAAAAGACCAAAUACUGUGCUAAAGCUCACAGAUUUUGGAUUUGCUAAAGAAACAACAUCACAUAACUCUUUGGCAACACCAUGUUACACUCCAUAUUAUGUGGCACCUGAAGUUCUAGGCCCUGAAAAAUAUGACAAGUCGUGUGAUAUGUGGUCACUUGGUGUCAUUAUGUAUAUUUUACUCUGUGGAUAUCCACCAUUUUAUUCUAACCAUGGACUGGCUAUAUCUCCAGGAAUGAAGAAGAGAAUUCGCAUGGGGCAGUAUGAGUUUCCUAAUCCAGAAUGGUCUGAAGUGUCUGAUGAAGUGAAACAGCUGAUAAGGAACCUUUUGAAGACUGAUCCAACACAAAGAAUGACCAUCACAGAAUUUAUGAACCACCCGUGGAUAAUGCAAUCCAUGCAAGUGCCACCAACUCCAUUACACACCAGCCGGGUAUUAAAAGAAGAGAAGGAUUUGUGGGAAGAUGUUAAGGAGGAAAUGACCAGUGCACUGGCCACAAUGAGGGUUGACUAUGAACAAAUUAAAAUAAAGAAAAUAGAAGAUGCCUCUAACCCUCUGCUCCAGAAAAGGCGGAAAAAGAUCACACCUCAUGUUGCCACCCACUGAGCUUAUGCCUCUUUUCACCCUGUCCUAGAACUGUUAGUCUCACCAGCCACUGUUAGCUGUAACUGUGGUUUCUAAGUGCCACUGUAAUAUUAGGGGGAAUGGCUGUGCAUCCUGGGACUCACUAUGUACUCAAGUCUGGAAUUUUCAUUUUAGUUUUGUUUUUAGAGACUCUCCACUGUGUGUGU